AUGAAUAUCUCGUGGACCUUUUUUGUUUUGAUUAUAUUUAAUCUAAAUGAAGUAAGUUUUUGUUUUAGUAACCUAACCCUAGCUUGAACUUACGUACCUAUAAUGAAAUUGUAGAAAAUAUUUUUUAAAUAAAUUUACCUAGAAGUUUUCAUAUUAAAAUAAAAAUUAUAGAAAUUAUUGCAAGUAGUUAACAACCAGUGAUAUUUAUUGGUUUAAUUGUAAUGCGUAUUUUAUUUUCCGCCCGUCAACAACUUUUCUACAGGAAAAAUUGUUUCAAUUAUCAAGUGUAGCUUCUUUUCAAAAAGAAAACUGUAUUUAUUUACCGCAUUUAAGAUAGUAUUUUUUUGAUUGUCCUGUUUUGUUAUAUUUCGUAGAUAUCUGAUAUUUUCUCACAAUAGUAUUAUAGGUAUUAGCUAUUUCUAGAUAUGGUAAAACUUUUAAAACAUUCUGGUGAUUUUUGAGGUUUUUAAAAACAUCUGACAUUUUCGAGAUAUUUUAGUUUUCUGUAGAUAAAAUUGUUUUAGCCAAACAAAAAUACUUGACAAUAUAACAUGAGAUUCAUCAUAAUUUGUAUAUAGUGAUCAAAAAGUAACGUAGUAGAUAUUUAUUAUAUGCGUUUUAGCAAAGAAUUGAUGAAAUCUUAAAAUGUCGGCCACUUCAUUACAUAUAUAACCGAACUUCGUUCAGAACCGUAUUUUAUUAGCAAUAUUUUAUCAUUGCGCAAGUACUGAUAUAAAUUUGAUUACUCAAUGUGUCCUUACUUUUUAAUUUUCCACCUACAACUGUGGCACAUCCAUCAGCAGUAUCAGCUAUUUUUUAUAUAUAUAUAUAUAUAUAUACGAUAUACCUAAUUAAAAUUGAAUACCAAUAGAGUAUAAUACGUAUAUUAUACGUCAUAUAUUCUCAAUAUUUUGUUGAAAAAUCACCGAUAUACUGCGUAAUAAAAAAAUUCGUUAUGAUAUAACUUUUAUUAUUGUCCAUCUAAACCAGUUAUACCACCAAAAUUAAAAUAAUAAUACAAAUUGUAUUGAUUUAAGUAAUUGUAAAUAAAAAAAUUUACAAUUUUCUUAUGAUUUAUUGUAUUUUUUUUAAAAAAAAAAUCUGUUGAAUAAUUUGUUUUGUAAUUUUAAUAUUUGUUUAUUUUAUUUAAUUGAUAUCUAAAGGUACGCAAUAAUUAAUAUAAACCACAAGGAAAAUAUAAAAUACCCAACGUAAAGCACAUGAUGCUAUAUAGUAUACUCAAAAAAAUGUAUGGGAACAAUACUGGCUAUAUAGGAAUAGUCAGUUUUAUUUAUAUUUAUACAUACAUAUAUGUAUGACAUCUAUUAUGUAUAUUAUAUAAUAUAUAGGUAUUCAAUUUUAAUAUAUAAAACUAUAUAUUUUAUAUUUUGAGCUUAGCGUUGAAGUUAAUAAAUUUUUUUUGGAAAUCAAUUUUUUUGGUUAGGGAUAAUAAUUCAUCAAAUUUUUUACUUGAUGGUACUUUAUUUGAACAUUUAUCUUGACUUCCAAUAGUUUUUCUAAAUAGUUAAAAAGUAGCUCACAUAUUUAUUUACGCCAAUGUAAUAAACAAUAUAUUUGAUUAAUAUGAUGAUGGAUAUUCGUUUGAUUCGGGAGGAAAAUACUUUAAUUUCUUUAUAUCUUUUGUAAGUAAAAUACACAAAAUCAUUAUUCCUUUAUUUGAUAAAAACAAAUGUCUUUUUCUUCUUCUUCUUCUUCAAAAAAAAAUCAAAAUAAAUUUAAUACUGUACAGGAUAGUAAUUUAUAGUACAGCAUAUAUUUACAUUUUAACAUUAUUGCAAAACUUAAGUACAAUCAAUUUUAGUUUCCUAGUUGCAUCAAUAAUUCAGAUGUUCAAUUAUUACAUUAUUAGUAAGUAGGUACUUCUUUACGCUUCGCAUUUUUAAAGCAAUAUUCCGCCGCUGCGUCGUUAUAAUCUUGUUAAAAACAACAAUAACCUGUUUUACGUUGUAUGCAUAAACCGUUAAAUUUCUAUAAUGUAAUUUGUAGUUUAUACUGUGCAUUCGGGAUACCUGUUAGUGUUCAUUAAUAUUAUUGUAUUCGACAUUUCAUAAGAAACAUAAAUUAAGUUAAUACAACACGGCAUCUCGAUUUCGCCAUCGCUCUUUCAAAGUAGGUAAUUAAUAAUAUUUUUUAAUAACAAAUUGUGUACACUUAAUAAUUAAGUCUAAUUUUUACAUACCGGUUUAAUAUACUAAAUAAAUUAAUAAUAAUUCCAACAACUUAUCCUCAAAAACUCACUGUUUGAAUUAUCAUUGUAGAAAUAUUUACAAUUUUACCUCAUAAAACGAAUAAAAUAUAACUUUUUUUUUCCGCUUAAGAUCACUUUGUCGAGAACUCCGUAUACAAGUACGCACCACUAUCUCUUAAAUAGAAAAUCUUCCUCGAAUAGCUAACUCCGACAUUUAACAGUUAAUCACUUGUGUUUGAUUUCUUUAUAAAUUUCUUUCAAUAAUUUAACCUUUUGCUGUUAUAAUAUUUAUACCCGUUGUCUUAGUGCACGCAGUUUUGAAGUGUUAAGUUCUCAAGUUAUAAUAUUUUAAUUUAAUUGUGACUAUGACCAAAGGAUCACGUGAGGAUAUUUACAAGUAUCUGAUAGCAUAUGUCCUGGGGUUCCAACAACGUAGGCAUGUAAAAAAAAAUUGUGUUCUAAUUUAUUGAUUUCGUCAUCAAUUCUUGGUCUUACGAAUUCAAAUUCCUAUAUUCCUAUAUUCCUAUACAUAUAUUAUAUAAAUAUGCAAUAUAAUAGAUCUAUCUAUCUAUCUGGUUGCUCUACACUAUAGCCAAGUGUAUAGUAUUUAUACUGCAUAGUAUCCAUUGCUAAAUAAUAAAUAUGUUGAACAAAUCUAAUUAAAAGUAAUUUUAAUGAAACACGUUAUUGAAUUGCUUCUAGAAUAACCAAUAUACCUUAUAUGCUUGAUGAAAGUAAAGACGUCCACUAGCUAUGCUAUUAAAUAAAGAGAAAAGAUUAUUAUCCCAAUGAAAAUAUUUCGGAAGUAGAAAGUACAAUAAUAUUAUAAUAAUAGGUCAAAAAGGAACAUAACUUUUUAAAAAAAAAUGACUUUACUUAAUUUAUUACUAUUUGUAAUAAAAUAUUAAAACUCCAAUACCACAAAUGUAAUAAUCAUAUUAAACACCUCCGUCAACAUUUUUAAAAUACGAUAAAUCGGUGAGAGAAAAAUUGAUAAAAGAUAAAGAAAUUAUAAUUUUAAAAAUAAAAAUUGAGACACAACUUGAAAUCCAUUUAAGAAAUCCUUAUUUUUCCACUAAUUAGCUCAAAAAUGUCUAUAUUUACAAACAACAUUGCAGAAAUGGUAGUCACAAGCCCAUAAAUUAUUAACCAUACACAAUAGUGGAAGAUCAGGUAUUGAAAGUGAAAACUAUCGAAUGCAGAUACCAAAUUCUUAAAAAAAAAUUGUCCACAAAAAUGAUUCAUCAGCUAUAUUUAUAGCAUUUAUUUAAACUUUAAACAGAAACUGAUACGGAUUUAAUGGAUGUUCAAUCAAUUUUAUUUAACUUUGAUAUUUAGACAAAUUAUCACAACAUCCUUACAUGUAACUCACUACACUUUAUCCUUCCAAACAAUUUGAGAUAAAAAUACAAACUAUAAGUAGAAGUGUACCACAUAUUUUCCAAGAUAUAGAAGAACAAUAUUUCUAUAAAUUUAAAAUAUGGUUUAUGAAUGGAUUUUAAAUAUUAAGAACUCAAAUCUUUCAGUUUUUAAGUGGUUAAUAAUGCUAGAAAUACUGAUUGUGGAUUUUCACCCUUCAGUUAUAAAAAGAUUUGCGUUAUAUGGUUGAUUUAGAUUUUAUUUUUAUACAAAAAAAAUUCGAAUUCUAGUUAGGUUCAAUUGGAAAUUUUCCUAGGUUCGAUUUAGUUAACAAAUUUCAAAAAUAUUUAUGUUUGGUACGUUUCAGGUUUUAAAAAUAUUGUUAAGUUCGGUUUAUUUCGGGUUUGAAACAUAUUGUUCAAGUUGAGUUCGACGUCAAAAAUCACUGUCUUUAGUGUAUCUACAUAUGUAUACCACCUUUAUCGCCCAUUGAUCUUUAUGUUGCUCAGCUAAAUUAAAUCGAAUUCAUUGUUCAAAACUACCCAAACCGUAGCCUUAUAUUCAUUGGUGAUUAUAAUCUCCCAUUUAUUGUAUGGUCUAAUGAUAUAUGCGGUCUGCGUUUCCUAAAUGAUAAAUAAAUAAAUACUGACAAAAGCACAAUUUUGACAAUUACAGGUAAGGAAAUACAGAUUAAACAGGUAAUUACAAAAAUAAAUAAAUAAAACAUAAUAUAGUAAUAACAAAUACAAGUAUAAUAAUAGUUAACAGAGAGUGUGAUGUGUAUGUAGACAUAAUAAUGUGAUGGGGAUUUGUAAAUGUUAAUUAUGGGUUCAUGGAAAAAAUCGAUAUAAAAUUAGUUAUUACAUAGAGACAUUGCUCUUGAGAGGGGUGAGUUUUUGGCAAGGCCUGUACUGUGGAUUGUAAUAUAGAAGAUUUUGGGGUAUCUUUGCGGAUGUACCGGAACUUUGAGUUGGAUAAAAUUUAGUAAGUAAGAGGAAUUAAUAAAAUCAGUUACGAGGUUGAAAAUGAAGGUCAUGCUCGUUGCAUUACGUCUAGUGGCCAAUGUGGGGACGUCUAAAUAAACGUGUACAGGUUAAUAAAUGUGUGGCUCUAAUGGAAAUUCUAAUUUAAAGGGAGCGUAUUUUAAGAAACUAUUCUGGACUCUUUCGAUUGAACCGCUUUGAACCAAUUUGUAAAAUUGAAAAACCGACAGAAACUGAACAUAAAUUUAUAAUUUCUAUCGAAAUGGGUAAUAACUAAUAAUAAUUGAAAUCGUUUUCUAAAUAAAAAUUAAUACAAAGUAGUUUGAAAAAGGUAACCUAACUUAACCUUGAAAAGUACUACAAUGUUAUUGAUCGUGAUUUUUAUUUAUUUUUUUUUUUUUUGGUGUUUUAUAGAUUAUCAGUUCAAAAGAUGACCAAGACACUAAAAUGGAAAUAAAAAUAACAACACACGGUCAAAUCGAAAAAAAUAGGGUAAAAUAUUCAGAGUGCCUAAAAUUUAUAUUUCACGAUGUAUUUUAGAUGUUUAGUAUUUAUAGUACUUACUAGUUACUUUAAUAUUUCAAAACAUCUCGAAAAAAAAAAUAUUUAUUAGAAAGAUUAACGUUUCAAAUUAUUUGCAUCGUAAUUUAAGCUAGUAUAGUUUUACUUAGAGGUAAUAAAUUUUAAAAUUAUUUUCUAAAUUACCAACAGGUUUUCUAUACAAAUUAAAAUAAAACUAAUAAUAGUUUUCAUGUCCAUGUUUUAUUUUUGUUGAAUUCUGAAUUGUAUCUUGUCUACGUGGUGGAAGUGGCACGACUUAUAUUACAUAUACUAUUUCGAAAAGAAUAAUUUGUGAAUGAUUCAUAAUGAUGCAUUCGUUGCAUAUAGAAUAUAAAUUAAAUUACCACGUAUAUUCUACCUUAUCAAAUAUUCACUUAAAAUAGUGGACUACUUGUGAGCCUUACUUUUAACUUUAUGUGUUUAAAAUUGUUUUGACAGAUCAAAAUUGUUCAAAAAUUUAAGACGAAGUUCAUUAUAAGUUGUACUUGGUAGUAAGACAAAAAAUGAAUGAAAAGUAGUCGUUUUUUCAUAAGCAUAUAAAGUUCAUAUUUUGAUGACGAUCGUAAAAAACAUGGCAUUACAAAACAUAAUUAACUAAACGAAUAAUCGUUUUGUGUUUGCAAUAAUUUAUCGUUGCUACCUUCCUCACUUUCCGCGUACAAAGGUGUACUAGUGAUACAUCCGUCAGUUUAGUAUCAGCGUUUUUUUCAUCAUAAGUCGUGUCACUUCGGACAUCUAAACAUUAUUCAACUGUUUGUUGAACAUUUUAUAACUGUAGAUUAACAUUUUCAGAAAAUAGAUGUGCAUGUAAUAUCUACGUUGGAUGGAUCAGAUGUAUCAAGUUCUUCGAAUAAAACUCAAGAAAAAGAUGCUCAAGAAUCAGAAAAUAGUGAGGUAAGGAUCAAAUCGAGGAAUGAUAUGACAGGUUCUGUUCAAUUUCAAAAAAAAACGGUGAGUAUUUUCUAAAUAUCUCAAAGACAAAUAGGAAAUAGUUAUUGUAAUGUUCUGCAAUACAAAUUCGUACAGUUUUUUAAAGUGAAUACUUAAAAUGUUUAGUUUUCUGAACAAACUAAACAUAUUAUGCUAGCGAAAAUAUAAGGUUGCAAAAAGUUGAAAAUUAAUUGAAGAAUAAAUUUGAUACCGAUUUUAAACCGAUUGGAGAAUUUUAAGGGAGCCCCCGCCGGAUUGAUUUGACAGACGUCGAUGAAUUCACGAAAAAAAAUUAUACAUGGUUUAACUUUAAAUUGCAUAUAAGCUGAAUAAUAAUAUAAUAUAAAAUAUAAUAAGCUGAAUACGUGACAAAUAACAGACAGCAAACUGUUGAGUCAAAUGAUAAAAAAUUAGACUGUAAUUAUUAUAAAUAAAUAUGUUAUCAGCGCGCUGAUAGGGCACUAAUAGGUCUUCUUUUUUUUUCGCCUUCAUCCCGAAUAUUUGGGAUUGGCCUUUCUCAUUUUAGGCUUCCUUUUGACCCGAUGUCCCGUCUCGCUUAAAACUGCUAUUCUCAUGUCAUUUUUAAUCGCAUCUAACCACCACUUUUUCAGUCUUCCUCUCACCAAUUCCUCCACUGUUUAUUCGCAUUGAAAUUCUUACUGAUUUAGCUUAUUCUCUCAUUUGUUUUUGAAUUUCUUUUACACGUAUAUUAAAAGUUCAUAUACUCGUAUAUUCGUUGCGGCCGUAGUUAAUUCCGGUAGUCACAGAUUAUUUGUAUUAGUCUUACUUUGGGUUAAGUUUGUCGACGAGCUGUCUCGAACCAACUGCUUUCUGUGAUUGCAGACGUUACAUUGAUUUAAGGUGGUUUAAAAUAAUGUAGUCCACAAGUUAAGUUUAGAGUAGUAAUCGUUUAUUUAAUAUGAACUAGGUUUAAUGAAUUAGACGGUAAAACUCCGACUCACUCUAUAAUAUAAUAUGUGCCACCGUACACAGGCCGCGUGGCCGCUCUGUGCUUGAUCAGCACUACAUACAGUGAUUCCUAACACAGAUCGUGUAGUGGUUCAUAAUAUAUUUAAGGUCUAGUAGUAUUUAUUUAAAAUUCUACCUUACAGAAAAAUUUAGAUAAGUAAAUGUCGAAUGUAAUGUAUAAACAUUACAUUAAAUACGAUAUAAAUUUUCAUUAUUAUUAUUAUACCACAAAAGUUGGUUUAAAAUUAUAUCAUUAUAUAUGAUAUCCGCAUAUAACACAGAAUAUUUACACGGGUACACGGACUAGUGUAGUCUAGUAUACACAUGUAUUUUAAUAACACACACUUUAGCACCACUAUCAUAAAAACACGUACGUUGAUGUUCUUAAAUAUAUUCGUGUUCGUGAAAUAGAGACCCCUAAUCUGCACAAAAUCAUUAUACGUUUCAAUCAGCCACUGGCCAUAGACAUUGAUUUUAGAUAUAAAUCGAAAUAAAAUAGUAUGUUUAGACUUGAAAUUAAAUACAUAUUAAAAACUAUUUUUAUAAACUAAAAUACAUCCGUAGUAAUAACCAAAUAAAUGUUAGCAGCUGGUCUUUAUUUAAUUACUGAUAAUUUUGGACCAUGCAUAGACUCAUAAGGUGAUUUAAAAAAAAAAAAAUUAAAAAAUCAUUGAGAAAAAAAUUGCCAAAUUGUUAAUUAAAUAAUCCAAGUCUCAUAUUAACAUACUACUGAGGGUGUAUUGUGUGUUUACUUUAUGAUACAAUUUUAAAUUUUAAAGUUAAUAUCAACAUAACAUUUAUAUUACACAACUUUCUUUCUAAUUUUCAGUCAUCCGACGGUAAACCACAAAUUACAAUUACUCGAGAUCCAGAUCUGAACAACCAAAAGGUUAGAAAAUAAAAAAAAAUGAGCAGAAUUAUAAGCGUUAUCCAUACGGUGUUUGUUCGAGAAAACAUUUUCCAUUUGUAGGGUUCAAAUUAAAGACAAAUACAAAUUAUUGUACUAUAUUGUAUUUUCAAUAGAUUGCUUACUAGCAUCAACAUCAUAGUACAUACAAUUUUAUAUAAAACUACAAGAAUGAAUUAUUGUAUAAUUUUUUAUUAAGACGUAUUAUCACAAAUAAUAUUUUCGAAAUUACGUCAAAGUUAAAUAUUGUAUUUUUAUUUUUAAUGUUUUUUACUUGCAGGCUGAAGAGGAAGAUAUUCAAACAAAUAAUUUGAUGAAUAGAAGACCUCCUGUCGAAGAGCAACCUAAUGUAAGAGAACUUAUAUACUAAGUCUUCCAAAUUUUAUGUCACAAUCAGAUUUUCCAAAAUUUUUACUUUUUCAAAAAAUUUUAAAAACUUAUUGGAAACUUAUAUAUUCUAAUAUGUUACACUGUCCUUAUUUUUGAGGUGGAAACUGUUACUUAUUUUUGGUUUAAAUGGCAACCUAUAUUAAAAAUUGUGUAAAUAUAUUGAGUAUUAGUUUAAAUACAUUUUUGAUUUCUGUGAAUUCGUUGACGAGAUUUCCACUUUUAAGUUUUGGUAUGAGGAGAGUGGUGAAGCAUCAUUUGUAUAUUUAUAUUAUACACAUAUUCUUUCUUAAACACUAAAAAAUCGAAUCUACACUAUAUUACAACUAUACUAGUUCCAAAAAAAAUGUUUGAGCAAAACAAUGGUAAGGAUAGAAGUUAAAUGUUGAAAUUCCUAUUAGGCACAUCCUCGAUACUAAUGCUAUUUAUAUACGAGUACAACAAUUCACCUCCUAACUUCUCAUUUGAAGAAUUUUACAAAGACCCAGUGGACGUGAAUCGCCAGUGAAAGCGAAAAUUAAUAAUUAUCCAAAACCUUCGACAAAUGUAAAUUAUCAGAACAUUUAAAAAGCCAUAAAACAAAUUUAAUGUGAUUUGAAGAUGUGAUUUAUUAUCAGAUAACAAUCGAAUGUUAUAUUGAAAGGAGGUAAAAUCUAUUAGAUUAACUGUUUAAUACCGUAAAAACGAUUAAAGUUUUAAUUUCCAAUAGAGCCGAUUAUAUAAUUCUCCACGAAUAUCACUAACUGAAUCAGAAUAAACUUCCCCGUUCUUUCUACGAUUUUUCCGUUUUGCUCAAUUAUUAAAAAUCUGCACAAUAAAUUUAAAAAACAAAUUACUUACUCACCAACAAGAUUAAAAAUGAAACAAAUAUCUUUUGUCGUUUUGUUAUUGAAGAAAUAUUUCUGGUAAAAAAAAAAGCGUAAAAAUUAAAAAUAAUGAAAUCAUAACACCGUACAUUUUUGGUCUUAUUCCGGUUUUUUUUUUUAAUUAUUAUAAAAGCCAUUGGGAAAAUCGAAUAAUCAUAUAUAAUAUAGGAUAUUAAAAUGGUGUUACUUGUAUAAUAUUGCUCUCACAUUUGGUAAAACUAUACAACUAUAAUUAAUAAUUAAUAACUAAUAACUGGCCUUGCCGCAGAUGUACCGCCAAAAUAAUCAACUUAAUUUUUCGCCAAUCGAAAACAACCAGACGAAGACACCGAAAAAAGUUACAUUUGUAAGAUAAUUCUUCGCAUAGUGUAUAUUCGUAUGUUUAAUACUUAGGUACCUAUAUACUAACCAAGGCAGACGGCAGAUUUAUAUCCGAAUAUUCGAUUUAAUAGAAAUAGGUACUAAUACGCCAUAACUUUGGCAUUGAUAUAUUCGAAUAUAUAAACCUUGAUUUUGGAGGUGCCAUUUGGGGAUUGAGGGGCAGGUUUUACAGUGUACGCUUACAAUCCCUCACAGAUUACAUCCAUAACAUAGAUACAUAGAUAAUAAAUUAAUAAUAAUCGAUUCAUUGGCCGUGACAUACAGACUCACCGCUCAUAUAUUCAACUUCUUACAUUUCUUGCAUUUUAUUGUAUAUUUUAUAUCUUCUCCUUUUUCUUCUUGAAAGCUGUUAACUUAGCCAUAGCUUAACCUAUCACUUGUUUAUACUAGUUACUCGUUCUUUUAUUUCAUCGUGUAUGUUGAAACAAUAAUAAUAAUAAUAAUAAUAAUAAUAAUAACUUAAUUGGGCAUAAUACAAACAAAUUAAAUUGAUUUCGAGUUAACACAGUGGCAAAUGAGUUAAGUUCAUGUUAAAUAAUAAAAAUAUAAAACUAGUAAGUUAAAUUAAUAAGUUAAAAUUAACUUAACUUUUAACUUAUUAACUAGUUAAUACAUAGUUUUGUGUAUAAAAGAGGGUAAUAUUAAGAAAAAACUGUUUUGAUAAAUUUAUGGGAAUUUAUACAAACACAAUAAUUGAGGUGUGUCUGGCGGGGUAGGACUCGGACUCAUAAAAUGUUCGCACCCCUCAUUGGAUAUAUAUAUAUAUAAAUAAAAUAUUAAUUACACUAGUUUUUAAAUUUCAGGGGCCGGUCAUCGAAAACAACCAGGGACAACAACUAACAAACAAACCAAAUUCGGUAACAAAUUCAUUAUUUUUGUCACCCUUAUUCUUGGGUUGGAAAAGAUUUCCUAUUUUUGGUUUUAAAUAGCAAUCUAGCUAUAUUAAAAAAACUAGGAUAAUGGGGACGGUGCAGCUACUAUUGUGGGUGGGAAGUUGAGAAGGCAGGAUAGACGGACAUUUAAUGUAAAUCUCUACGCAACGAUUAAACAUUACUAACAAAAAAACGAUUCUGAGUGGAGUUUAGCUGAUAGUUAUGCUUUGUCUAUAAUAUAUAUGGCAUAUUAUGGUAAAAUAAUUAAAUAGUCAUUAUAUAUUUUCUUUAAUAAUAUUUUUUUAAUAUUGUAUGCAUUUCCUUGUUUUUACCAAUUUUCUCGGUUUUUUAAAUUUACUGAAAACUUUUGGGAAUAUCAAAAAAUGAUCUACCUAAAGUAUCACCCCAACAUUUUCAUUUCAGAAAAGGGCCUACGUCGUAUACAUCGGAGUACGCUUUCUAGUAGAAAAAGUGGUCACAUAAAAAAAAAAUAAACAUCUUUGUAAAACCAAUAAAUUCUUCGUUAAACUCAGAAUCUAAAAUAUUUAAACAAUUUAAGAAAAAAUCAGAAAACAAAUAAAAGUUGGUAGUCGUUUCACUUCAAAAAAUAAUGAUUUUGUAAAAUCUUAAUCGAAUUACGAUAAAAGAAUCACUUUGUAUAUAUAUAGAUAUAUAUAUGUCUAACAAGAUAAACAAUUACUGAUGUGGUGUCUGCCGGGGGAGGUGGGUUGUUAGAGGAAUUGGACUCGUAAAAUGUUUGCACCUAUCAGUAAGAAAUUUAAACGACGCUCCUGAUAUACUUAUUGGAUUUAUACAUAGAUAUAAUAUAUUUAUAUAUAUAAAAAAAAAAAUUAAUUAUAAUCAUUUAUAAAUUUCAGGCGGCGGACUUGGUAAACAAUCCGGUACCAAAAUCAAUACUCAAAGAAAAUACUGACGUAAGAAAACCAAAAAAAUAACAUAGAAUAAACUAUAAUAUUAUUCAUUUUAUUUUUAUAAUAUACCUCGUUUAUAAUGAAAUAAUCCCCCAGACAUUGCCAGUUGUUAGAAAAUUGAUAAGAUGCCAUGAACCAUAUUUUACUGUUACUUUCUCAAAAUAUCGAAAUGGAUUAGUUCUACCCCCCUUGCUUUUGACAUAAGAAAAAAAAUAACUGAGGAUACCUAACAUUAAUAAUUGUUCCCAUAUCGAUCCACCUCAAUUACCUCAACAUACUUUACCCAAGCCCGACCAAUUUAGAAUUUGCAAGAAUAUUUUUCUUAACGAAGUAUUAAGUAUGUAUUUUUAAUGAAUGUUUCUUUCAAAAAUGUGUACGAACAUGGUUUUCACGUUAUUGCUUAAAGACAUCUGGCGGACUCGGAGUAAUAUCAUUCUAGUCCCACUCACGGUUAAAAAUGAUAGAUGUUAUUCAUUGGUUUGACUGCACCAUAUUUCCGUACUUUAUUUGUAUGUAUUUAUACGGCCGUUUUUAAAAUGUGUACCUACUAUCCUUGUUCAGCGACAAUUGCGGUAUCUUAAAAAAUAUGUUCCCCAGCCCCCUCAAUGGAAAUAUCAUUGUUUUCAUUACUUUUCAAAAGCAAUAAUUAUUAAGCACUUUGUUCGUAAGAAACUUAUACACCUACUUUUUAAAUGUGUAUAAUCGUUACUCGUACGAUAUAUCCAUAGACACAGAUGCAUAUAUAUAUUAAAUACUAUAGCAUACUUAGAAAUACAUCAUAAAUUGUUUUAAAUUGGUUGCUUUGUAUUGCCCAAACCAAUAGUCUAUAGACCAUAUUCGGAGGGCUACGUAAAGUUAACCUCCUGCUUUUAAAGUUUUAAUUUUAGCGACGAAGGCCUAGAUUGCAAAUAGUUUGACUUUGGUUUCUAAAUGUUGCAAAAAGGUUGCUUAAUAUUGGCAAAGUUUUGGAGUUUCUAUGACAAAGUAAGGGGAUCAACUUCACAGACGUGCUUGAACAAACGGCCUUUUUUACUCUGACUCUAUCUACUGUUUUUUGGCAAUAAUGUGAAAACUUAAGUACAAAUUUUGAAAAUUGUCAUACAUAUUCAUACAAAACAGAUUCUAAAUGUGCAUUUAUCUGCGUAGAUAAUUUUUAAAAAUUCUAAAUAGGUGGGACUGGGGUAAUGUACGUUCGUUGUGUGACUUUUCAACUUGAAAAUAUGAUCUAUCCAAAGUUUAAUUUUUCUUCUUAUUCAUUUCCAACUAAAACGGAUUUUCAGCGACUAAAGAUCAAACAUUUUUACAUAGGCUACUAACUUUCUUGGAGCAGUGUAAGGUUUGGACGUAUUUGAUUUUUUUUUCGACGUUGUUGUUGCUGUAAGCAGUUAUGGCUUCAACUUUUUUAUUAUUUUUCUAACAACUAGCUAAUGACUUAUAUAUUUAUUAUUUAAUCAUCAAAAAAAACAAACAAAACAAAUAUUUGUUUUUUGCAAGUUUAUCGAUAUUUUAUUAACACAGUUUACAGCGUGUUUUUUGGAGAUGAAUCCGUCAAGGAAUAGGUCCGUCGUAGAACCAAUAGACAAUCGAUUUCUGGAUUUCUCCCGAGAUUCCGACCACGAAGACUUUCGUAAAAAAAAAAAAUAAUAAAUAAAUAAAUUCUAAUAAUAUUAUAUUUUAGACAGCUACUUAAAAUACUUUAAAGGUACUAAUUUUCCUCACACUUAUCAAUAUGAAACAUUAUCCGAUAAAAAUAAAAAGUACCAGAACGCCACGAAUACCUAAUAUAUAAGUAUUUGUACAAUAAUAUGAAACAUAUUUGCAAAUAUUUUAUUCGGUCAAAUCGUGAAAAAAUCAAAAUAGUCUUAAUUUAUUGUUAUAACUAUUACUAUUUUUUUUUUUAUUAGAUUUAUCUAAUCAUCUAUAAUUUAGACGUAUAUUCGACCUAAUUUGCAAAUUUUACAUGUUAUAAUUUUACGUCUCAUUGAUGUUGUUAUUACAUAUUUAUGCGCAAUGGUUAAAUGAAUAUGCAAAUCAACUCAUUCACCAACGCGUACAUAUUCCUACACAGGUCCCUACAGGAGAAGAAAAGGUAAGCGUAAUCGAACAAUAAAUAAGAAAACAUAUUUUGUUAAAUAAAUGUAAAACACAUGCGUUGCAUUUAAAUUAAAGAACUCGUGAAUCUUAAAAAAAAACUAAAUAUCUAUCGACGUGGGUGAUAAAUGAUAACAUUAACACCGUUUUAUAAAAAUGGAUUCUAAUUUCAUAAAAGAGAUAAUGAUAUAAGAGCAUAUAUUAUAAAUACAAUAUUGUAAUAAAAUUUGAUAAAAUUAACCAAAAAAACUAUCGCGGUUUCGAUUAAGAAUAUGACUACAUUGAUAUUUAUUUUUUCUUUAUUAUUAAAACGAUAUGUUGUUGAGGGGUCUAGGACAAUUAAUCGACGGGGCCAUUCGGCCCAUAUCGUGGAUACGAGGAACAUCAGGACGUCGCCGUUCGGACGCGGAAAUAAUAAUAACAAUACUAUUAAACAAAUCCAAAUGAAGUCUGAUGGCAAUUAAUUUUAAAUCCACAUACAUGAAAAAAGCCAAUUGAUCAUAAAAAACUCGUUGAAACAUUAAAUAAUACCGUACUACGAAAUUACGGAAUGUACGUAUUUAUACGUUAGUUCACUGAUGUCAGUUGACUACAAUUUUAUUGUAUGGAGUAUCCUACUGAAAUAGUAAUUGCGGUUUUCGAUUCGAGUACCGUCAGAAUAAUGUCUACCCGGCAAGAUUAAACCAACAUUUUAUUGUCAUCGUAUCGAUAUAAAACGCAGUUGUUACGAUAUUAAACGUUUGGUAUUUAAUAAUCAUACAAACGGUUAUUAUGAAAUAUUUUAAUCCAUUAUUAUCUAUGAUCAAUAGGCUUUUUUAAUGCAUACGAACUUAAAAUUAAUUAUAACGAGUUUUUCUAUUUCAAUUUCUUUCAUUUCAUUAAUUACAUUAUUGUUAUUGUUGUUAUUAUUAUUAUUAUUGUAUCCAAAAGACGCGUUUCAGAUGUUCCCCGCGUCCAUUUGUCUUAGACUAGUUGUUAACGGCAAUUAAUUCAAGUUUUAUACGUGUGUGCCAGUGUUAAUUGACAAUUCUUUCAAAAAUCUUCCUCCUAUUAUCUAGUGCGGCAUCAUUUCUAUGAGAAUAUUUUUAACUAAUUAAUGCAUUUAGAUUCCGAGCGUAGCGAGGGAGCUAUUGGUUUUACAAUGCCGUUUAUUUUUUUUCUCCUUCUUUGUUCUAGUCUGUGGACACGUAUUUUCCUAAUAAACUUGCUUCGAUUUUUACGUGUAACAACUUUUCUGAAAACUCAAGUCGUCUAGAUUGUACUUUAGAGAGGUGAUUUUUCGAUUUUCUACGCCAUUUUUUUUUUUAACCUUUUUUGUUUUUCUAUUUCAAUUUCUUUCAUUUCAUUAAUUACAUUUACAUUUACAAUUACAUUAGUUGCCUUUUUGAUUUACUUUCCUACGGUACCAUUACCAACAUUUUUGAGCCGCUUUUGAGCUUUUAAGGAAUUUUAAUUUUUAGCAGUUUUUUUGCUGUAAUUCAGUUAUAAAUACACAAUAUAAACUUUAAACGUAGUAGUAAUACUUAUAUUGGACUUACCUAGACGUGGUAAAAUUUCCAAAACCAUCGGACGACUUUGUUUUUUUUUAAUAAGCGUUUUGAAAUCAAAUUUAAACGAAAAUUGCAAAAAAAAAUUACGGCACUUCAAACUACGUUUUACCUGAUUGCGCUCGCCCGUAUAGCAAUUUGUAGACAUUGAUAUAUAUUAUAUAUCUAAAUCAUAUAAAACUGUUGAUAUUCAAAAUUCCAUAUUCAUAUAAAAACGUUGAAAUAAUUAAAAACUAAUAUUAAAAUAUGAAUAUCCUUCAGGUAUAUUUGGAACAUCUUGCUUUGAAUAUAUGAUAAUAGAUAUUUGUGCAGUGUCCAUGAUAAGACAUGUGUGGCAUAUUUAAUAAUUUUUAUUUUCAUAACAUCAAACUAUUGAUAUUGGUAUUCAAAUAUUAAUAAUAUAUUUGAUGAACAUUCAAUUUGUUUUAUCUAAAAUGCAUGAAUUAGUAAUAUUUAUAGGUUGUCAGAAAUUAAAUUUCAACUGUAUGUUUAUAGCUAUAAAUAUAAUAUGUAUAAAUUAUGUAUGCUCUAUUAUAGUGUAAUAGUUGUCCAGUUCAUCUGAGCGUAGAUACUCAUCGAUAGUCAUUACAUGUUUAUUUUCGAUUAUCUACCUAAUUGUAAAAUUUAAACGGCGCUCGUUUUAUAUAUUUCAUAGGUACCUAUAGAAAUUAUCACCAACAUUUUAUAUUUUAACAUCUUUCGAGAAAAUAAUUAAUAAAAUGGUAAGAUAUGACGUCAUUGACGAGCAUCCGCAUGUUUUCUUCGGUUAACGCUCGCAAAGCGCCCGUUUUAAUUUCGCCGUCACGAGAUACCGCUUUUUUUCGGUCGUUUACGCAAUACGAUUCUAUUUUGGUCAGUAUGUCAAAAACUUUAAAAAAUGUACCUACUCGUGAAACCUUUUUCGACGGGAGCCUUUUGUGAAUUGAACUUUUUAUAAAACGAGAUUCCUUUUAGAUAAAAACAAAAAAUAUAUGGGAGCCGUUUGUGUUACACCGGUUUAGUUUUCGUACGAUUAUUUCGGUUCAUUAUAGUUCACUGCUGUUUUCGUGUAAUCGAUUCUAUUAUUGAAAACGUUACUUUGAAAAUUCUAUGUGAUAAGGUGAUUAUAAUGUAAUAACUAUCCACCUUACAAUAAAGAUUCUAAAUAUUUAAAAAAUUUUUUAUUUUUUUAUUUUAUAUUAUAGAAUGACGACACAAAUCCACAGAUUUACAAUUUGUCAUCAGAAGAUGAAAAAAGUAUACCAAAAUCUCUACCUACAGUAAGUGUCUGUAUUCAUAGAGUAAAUAGAGAAUAUACGUAUUUACAAAAACAGGAUGAAUAGUAAAACCAAAAAUAAAAACAAAGUUAAAAUUUCAACAAAAUAUUAUGAUUUUAGAUUCCAGAUAAAUUUCUUUCAGGAAUAAAUUUAUUCCGGGCAUUUAUAUUUCGAAAUAGGUACGGUAUACCACAUACAAAACUUUUAAAAUGAAAAAAAAAAAAAAUGUAUUCUUAUUUAGUACUUUAAUUUAUAACAGAAUUUUUAUAUCAAAUCUUGACGAAAAUCGUUCGAGUAAAUAAUGAUAUGGAACAAAUCUUAGUUUUGGUCCAUGCAAUUUUUUUAAUUUUUUGUUUCGAAUAUAAUAUUCUUUUGAAGUUCCGAUAUUAUAAAAUUAUAAUUUUACAAAAUAACGAUUCUAAUUUUCAUUUUAACUUUCAAAUUUUUAGACAAUAAAACAUAUAUAUUGUACGUGUGUGUCUGAGUGUGAAAACAAAAAUUCUUCUAAAAAAUCACACUUGAAUCAAAAAAUGACAAAAGACCUUUUUUGUAUCACUGUGGAUUUAGUUGGUGACAAAAAAUGUCAAAUUUAACGUUUUCUUUAUCUUAAAUUUUGAUAGAUCAAUUAAAAAUAUGGACUUGUUUAAUAGGAAAAUUCCAUCACUACCCACAUGAAAUAAUAUGAGUGUACUGUGUUUUUCUUUGUAUUCAAUAAAAUAUGUUUAUUUAAAAUAUGUUUAAUAUUUUAUCGAUUUUUCCAUGUUUUUUCGAAUUACCCUAAAGUAUCUUCCCAGUCAAACUUUCUUUCAGAAAAAGUGCUAUCAUUUUUUAAAUCGGAGUGACAUCGCUGGUAGAAAAGUUGUACACAGAAAAAAAAGGCCAUAAUAUUUUUUUAUUAAUACCUACAUUUCGUACAUUUUCCGUUUUUCCGACGGUUUUCGAUAUUGUGAAAAUCGCUUGAAAAAUCAAAAAACGAUUUCUCUAAAUUACCAUGGAGAUAAAAUUUUAUUUCAGAAAAUAUGUUACACUUGAUAUAUCAGAGCAAGAUUUCUUGUAAAAAAGUUUGCACAACAAAUCGAGCGGUAUUUUGCGAUUAAAAUAGUUCGAGAGAACGAUAGCUUGAGUCUCUAGGUACCUACAAAAUGUAUUUGAUUUUCCUUGUUUAGAUAAAAGGGAAAAAAAAUGCAAAAAAAUAUUUUCGAAACACGGGUUCGAACUCGCGAUUAGGCAUAAAUAACCAUUAUAUAGCAACAAUAUGCUUUAAGAAGGCCAAUAUAGAGUUAUUUAAUAUAACUCUAUAUACUCAUAAUAUCUGGACAAAAUUCUCUUUCACAGUUCAUUGCUCUUUUCGUGCAAUUAAUUCUAUUACUAAACACGUAAGUUUAGAAAUUCUCAGUGAUAAGGCGAUAAAUAGGUACUAUCAAUCUUCAAGAAAAUAAAUAUAUACAAUUUCUCAAUAUUUAGGGAAAUUUUAAUUUUUUUUUUUUGCAUUUUAUAUCAUUGGAGUAUGACACAAUGCCAUCAGAAGAUGAAAAAAGUAUACCAAAAUCCCUACCUAGGGUAAGUUUCUGUAUUCAUAGAGUAAUUAGAAUCUACGUGUUUACAAAAACAGGAUGAAUAGUAAAACCAAAAAUAACAACAAAUUUAAAAUUUAAACAAAAAAUAGUGAUUUUAGAUUCCAGAAAAAGACUUUCCGGAAUUACUACAUUCUGGUCAUUCAUUUUAUCGGAAGAACACGGUACAUCGUUUCCAAAACUUUUAAAAUGAAACAAAUAUUUUUUCAGUGGUAUUUUAAGUACUGCUGAAAACUUGUAUUUCCUUUUUCUUUAAACAUUGGACAUUUUUAAAAAAUUUUAGCCAUUUUUGACCUAUUUAUAGAUAUUUUAAUUUUGCGAGUUUUGUACGUAAUUUUUAUUCGAUAAGUAUUCAGUUGAUAAAAUUUUUAAAAUUCAUUUGAAUUUGAAGAUUCACUAUACAUUAAAAAAAAAAAAAAUGAUCCUAAUGUAGUACUUUUAUUGAUAACAGUGUUUUUAUAUCACAUUUUGACGAAAAUUGUUUGAGUAAAAAAUUAUAUAGAACAAAUCUUGUUCCUGACCCAUGCAAUUUUUUAAUUUUUUCAAUUUUUUGUUUAGAAUAAAAUAUUCUUUGAAGUUCCGGUAUUAUAAAAUUAUAAUUUUACAACUAAUUCAUUCUUAUUUUCACUUUUACGUAAUCUAUAUCAAAUUGACAAUAAUAUAUUUAUGUUGUGUAUGAGUGUGUGUGUAUGUGAACUACUUUACUAUUGGUCUAGAAAUAUUGCUCGAAUCAAAAAAUGACAAGAACCCUAUUUGUAAUAUUGUGGAUCUACAAGUAGUUGGUGGCAUUUCUAGGGAUAAGUUCUAUACAUACCCGUGAAAGCUUUAUCGACGAGAGCUGUUUUGGAAUUGGCCUUCUUGAAUAAAAUGAACCAUUUUGGAAAAAAACAAACAAUGGAUAGAAGCGGUUGGGGUUACUCCGGUUUAUUUUUCAUUCGAUUUUUCGAUUCAUUAAAUUGCAUUGCUCUUUUCGUGUUAACACGUUAAUUUGAAAAUUCUCAGUGAUUAAGUAAUUAAACAAGAACUGUCCAUCUGUAUGGAGAGGUUUUAUUUCUAUAGGUUUUAAAAAUUAAAUACGUUUUAAAUUUUUUGUUUGUAUUUCAUAUUACAGAAUAAUGACGCAAAUCCACAGAAUUACAAUUUGCCAUCAGAAGAUGAAAAAAGUAUACCAAAAUCCCUACCUAGAGUAAGUACUUGAAAUCUUAGAGCAUACCUAUUUACAAAAGCAGGAUAUAUAGGCGAAACAAUAUUGGUUUUAGAUUCCGGAUAAAUACUCUUCAGAAUUACUACAUUCCGGGCAUUAAAUUUAUCGGAAUAAUACGGUGCAUCUCAUCUAAAUCUUUUAGAGUGCAAAAACUAUUUUUUUUCAGUAGUAUUUCUAGUACAACUGAACACUUAUAUUGUGUCAAAUCAAAAAAAAAAAAUUGAUCUUAGUAAUUUUUUUAUAAAUUUAUUUUUAUAUUAAAUUUUGACAAAAUGACCUAUGUAGUAUGCAAUGAGUAUACUACUAACUACUUCGUAAAAUUGUUUUUUUUCUUUGUUUUAUUUUUAUAGAGGGGCUACUCAGUGACUUACAGUGGUGUUCCGAAAAGUGAUGAAGAUAUAGAAUCAUUUACCGUAAGUUCCUGUAUUCAACGAGCUAUCGCUAUACGGUUCUGUAUAUUUAAAUUAUUUUAUUUUUUUUUUUGUAUUUUUAUGUUAUAGGGUGACGGUACAAGCCCACCAGUUUACGAUUGGGGAUCAAAUGAUGAAAAUAGUAAACUANUUUUUUUUCUUUGUUUUAUUUUUAUAGAGGGGCUACUCAGUGACUUACAGUGGUGUUCCGAAAAGUGAUGAAGAUAUAGCAUCAUUUACCGUAAGUUCCUAUAUUCAACGAAUUAUUUGCUAUGUACCUAUGAAAAUCGGCUGUAUAGGAAACUCAAAAAAUGACAAUAAUUGUAUAUUAUUACCAUGUCAUACGUAUGUUUGUUCGUUCUUAUAAUUCAUUCGGUUUAUUACUUUUUAUUACUCUUAUCGUGUAAACGAUUUUUAUAUUAAACAAGUUAAUUCGAAACUUAUCAGUGAUAAAGGUUCUGUAUAUUUAAGUAAUUUUAUUUUAUUUUCAAUAUUUUUAUGUUAUAGGGUGACGGUACAAGCCCACCAGUUUACGAUUGGGGAUCAAAUGAUGAAAAUAGUAAACUAGAAUCUCCGCCUAGAGUAAGUUCCUAUAUUCAUAGAUCAUACUGAUUGACAAAACCAAGAUGUAUGUCCAUCUUUUUUUAUAAAUUGUAUUCUUAUGUCACAUUUUUUAAUAAGAUUAGAUAAAAUACGAAUUUUAAUCUGUAAUAAAUUGAGCACCUACUUAGAAUUCCAUCUAGAAUAGCUACUGGAGUUUUAACGAAGCUAUUUCUUUUUUGUAUUCGAUUGAUUUUCAAAAAAAAUAUAAUUUUAAAAACAUUUACCGAUGAACUAUAUUCAUGAAAUAAUAUCAAUUUAAGUAUUCUUAUAGGCAUAUAUUGCAUAGGUAUACCUAUGUAGUAUGCAAUAAGGACUAACUACUUCUUAAAAUUGUUUUUUUUCUUUUUUUUAUUUUUAUAGAGGGGCUACUCAGUGACUUACAGUGGUGUUCCGAAAAGUGAUGAAGAUAUAGCAUCAUUUACCGUAAGUUUCUAUAUUCAACGAAUUAUUUGCUAUGUACCUACGAAAUUCGGCUGUAUAGGAGACUCAAAAAAUGACAAUAAUUCUAUAUUAUAACCGUGUGUUUGUUCGUUCGUAUGAUUCAUUCGGUUUAUUACUUUUUAUUACUCUUAUCGUGUAAACGAUUUUUAUAUUAAACAAGUUAAUUCGAAACUUAUCAGUGAUAAAGGUUCUGUAUAUUUAAGUAAUUUUAUUUUUUUUUUUUUGUAUUUUUAUGUUAUAGGGUGACGGUACAAGCCCACCAGUUUACGAUUGGGGAUCAAAAGAUGAAAAUAGUAAACUAGAAUCUCCGCCUAGAGUAAGUUCCUUUAUUCAUAGAUCAUAUUGAUUGACAAAACCAAGAUGUAUAGAAGAACCAAAAAAGCAAAUAAAAAAAAAAAUUAUAUUUAACUCCCAAAGAAAAAAAUGAUUUUAGAUUCCUAAUAAAUACUUCUCGGAAAUUUAUUUUUCGGAAUUGUACGAUGCACCUCAUCCAAAAUAUUUAAAAUGAAACAAUUAUUUUUUUUCAGUAGUAUUUUUAGUAAUACCAAAACCUUAUUUUUGCUGUUUUUAUUUUUAUAGAGGGGCUACUCAGUGACUUACAGUGGUGUUCCGAAAAGUGAUGAAGAUAUAGCAUCAUUUACCGUAAGUUCCUAGAUUCAACGAACUAUUUGCUAUGUACCUACGAAAAUCGGCUGUAUAGGAGACCUCAAUAUAAAAAUAAUAAUAUAUUAUAACCGUGUCAUACGUAUGUUUGUUCGUUCUUAUAAUUCUUUCGGUUUAUUACAUUUCAUUACUCUUUUCGUGUAAACGAUUCUAAUGUUAAACAAGUUAAUUCGGAACUCAUCAGUGAUAUAGGUUCUGUAUAUUUAAGUAAUUUUAUUUUCUUUUUGUAUUUUUAUGUUAUAGGGUGAUGGUACAAGCCCACCAGUUUACGAUUGGGGAUCAAAUGAUGAAAAUAAUAAACUAGAAUCUCCGCCUAGAGUAAGUUCCUAUAUUCAUAGAUCAUAUUGAUUGACAAAACCAAGAUGUAUAGGAGAACUAAAAAGGCAAAAAAAAAAAAAUACAUUAAACUCUCAACGAAAAAAAUGAUUUUAGAUUCCGAAUAAAUGCUUUCCGGAAUUAAUACGUUUAAGGAAUUUGUUUUCGGAUUAACGCGGAGUAUCCUCUCAAAAACUUAUACCAUGACACAACCAUUUUUUUGGUAGGAUUUUUAAUUUCUAACUCCAUCGUUAUAAACUAUAAUUUUAUGUUUUUCCAAACAUAUUAUGUCCUUAGUUUUUGUGAAAUAACUCUUGAUCAUGUAUAUUUAUACAAUUUAUCUAGUUUUUUAUUAAUCUGUGGAUAUUUUACCUAAGCGCUAUCUAAAAAUAAUCAAACAUCAUUUUAUAUUACCAUAGAAAAAUCUAAACAUUUUGCAUUAUAAGGAUAAUAUACCAUUUAAGAAUAUUCCUAUUUUUGACAUUUUUUUAAAAUUUUUAUUACAGAUGGACAAAUAAGUAAAUAGCCCGAGUGUUCAACCAGAUCAAAAUAUUUUAGAACACCAUUCGAGUUGAGUCAUUUCAGACCUACAGUCCAAUCAGCGUAAGGAAACCAAAAAAUAUACAAUAGAAUCUAUACCUGUAUCUGCUGACUUCCUCCUGCCUAUAUAAGAAUGCUCCUUACGGAAAUAGAUCCAACUAUUAAUAAAAUUGGUAGCAGCUCAUCAGAUUCAUCCUUUUCAUUAAAAUAAUUUCUAUAUUAUGUCAUUUUUAAUUUUUCAUAGUUAUUAUAAUAAUUAUUUAUAUAAUUUAUACGGAUAUGAAAAUAAAACAAUUAAUAUAACCGAAUCUUUCUGUUUACUUACUGUAGUAUUGACGUUCCUUUUUAGUUGGGAGGGAGGGUGAGCGUUUUUUGUGGAGGAUGAGAGGCAAAUAUUUGAGAUACACUGCAAUAAAUUGUGUAAUUUUUUCUGAUUAAAUAUAAAUUUAUACAUUUUUUUGAAUUCAUUACGAUUAUAAAUUAAACACGGUAAAUAUUCAACGAUUAUUUCCAGUGUCCGGAAUAAAAACAAGUUGAAAUAUCUUGGGAACUAUGACUAAAAAUAAAAAUAAAGUAAUUGCCAUGUUGACAGCAUCUAUAAAUACCAUUGACAUAAUACAAAAAUUAUUAUUUUUAACACAAAGACAUAACCUGGCAUGGAGAUAAUUUUAUUGUGAAUGAUGCAUUAUUGCAAGUGUAUUGCCAAUGUAUUAACGUUAUUUAUGUAUUAGGCUCUGUUUACGUGAGCAGCAUUCUUAGGCUGGUGGAAGUCGAUAGGUAUAGAUUAUAUUGUAUAAUUUUUGGUUUUUGGUUUUCAGUAACAAAUUGGCUAUUCAUGAUAGUUUUUCCAUAUAAUAGAUAAUUCUCAUUAGUUGGACCUCUUGGGUUAGUUAUUUUCAUGGUCGUCUGUUUAUUAUAUUUGUUGCUGAUUAGUUUGCUAGUGUUGUAGAGAUUAAAGUAGGAAAAGUAGAAUCGGUGUUACACGAUUGCGAACGAUACGAUUUCGAACAGACCUUUUCCCGUAACACGAUUGCAAACGUAUUACUUGCAGCGUUCCCAGAUUUUGGUGUUAAUGUGGGUGUAGUCAAUUUGCACUAAAAUUUACCCUAACUAUAUACGAUGUUUGCAACUUGCACCAAUAUUUUUUAACUUCGCUUGUAAUUUACACCAAAACAAAGAUAUGUAAUUUUCAGAAUCUCAGGUAGUAAGAAAAAUGAAUUGUAAUUGGCACCAGAAAUUCAAUUCGAUUAUUCUUUCGAUAGUAUUUACGUACAAGUUUGUUUUGACAUGAGAGUAUAAUAUAUUGAGAUAUGAGAAGCUAAAUACACAGAAUAUUCCUUUUCGAAUUUGAGUGGUUAUUUCGCUUAUCUAUUUACACCGUUUUAUGGUACGUUAAAAUGUAUCUUCGUUAGGAAUUCUGAGCAGCACCACGUCUAGAAAGUGUGUAAUUUAAGUAUUAAGUAAAUGAUUCAGCCGUCUACGGUUAUUUUGAUAUAAAUUAAAACAAAAUAAAACCAAACCGAAUAGAAACGAUAAGUAAGUAGGUAUUGAGUUUGGAAAAUAUUUUAUGUUUUUAAAGUUAUAUUGUACUUAGUUUUAUUAUAAAAUUUACAAUUAUUAUAUUUUUAUCGGGCACUGGAAAUUACAUAAUUGGCAUGCUCAUAAUCAUAAAUGGAUAUUAUCAUCAUAUGGAGGUAUAAUUUUAUUUAUUUUUUGUUAUUUUUGAUUCUCAUAUAUCCCUUUACGCUUUUGAUAUUAAGUGAAUAUAUUUUCCAUUGAGCGGUCUGUAAUAUAUAAAAAAAAAAUUAAAUUUUCAUAAAUACUACAUUAUCCCACUGGUGUUGUGAGACUAGUAUUAGGUGUACAGUCAUGGGCGAGAGGGAACGGACGGCGAAAUGCUGGCUAUGGGUUUCAGGCGCGCGCACGGGGGCCGUCAAUAGGAACACGGUAGAGAGUGCUACGAGUUGCACAGUAGAGUGUACCCAUAAAUAACAGGAUCCCAGGGAAGAACGGCCAUCGGGAGGAUACCACAGGCCAUCAUCACGAACUUCACUUACCCUUCGACUGGACACUCUCAAGGUGCACAACUUAUUGGUAAUAUAAGAUCAUACAAAUUAUUUAAAUAGUUUCUUGUUUUGUGUUAACACCACAAAGGAUACCUUGGUCAGUUACAUAAAUAUCACUCACCAAAGUCGAGUUCUCGAAGCCUCGUAAAUAUAAACAUAGAGCGUUAAGCACAGAGCGCGGGGGCCGUUACAACUGGUAGAGGCAACGGUCGAAUUAUCAAUUCACAAUUUUGGGACACUUUAAUAGGAAUUAUCCUAUAAAUUCCAAUGUCGUGGAGUUGAUCAAUGAGUUAAAAUCAAUUUUAAAUAAAUAUAGAAGUUCAGAAUUUAUAUUAUUGUAUUUAAAAAUCUAAUAUUAAAUUAACACCAAAAUUAUCUAACAUGUAUUCGUUUUAUGAAAUUUAGGUCCUUAAUUUUGUAUUUAUGUACAAUAUGACAAUUUUUUCAUUAGUUACCAACGUUUACAGAGAUAAUAAGUAAAUAAAUUAAGACAUUAUUCUUACCUUAUGUUUUAAAUGUUUGUGUAACUAAAUAUUUUUCUAAUUUAUUGGUUAUAUUCCAUUUGCAGGGGUUUUUAAAUUAUAGAGCGGUUUGAAGAUGAAUUUUUGUAUAUUCUUAAAAGCGUAAGUACCGAUGCAAAUACUAACAAUACAAAACAAUAAGUACCUAAAUAAAAAUGCUAUUUUUAAUUUUUAAUUAUUUACCCGAAUAAACUAUUUGCGAAUAUGUCUUUAUAGUUAAAUA